AUGAGGUCUAGUCAGUGAUCCUUGGGCAAAACCAGUUUGUGAAGCCAAACAGUACGAUCAAUUGAUUAUGGCUGCAAUAUUUUUGCUCCUUCUUCUAAUUACUGAAAUCUCCAUCUCAACUGCUCAACAAAAUGAUACCAAAAUCAGUAUAGGCUCUUCUAUCUCUCCUUCCACCAACAGGUCAUAUUGGCUAUCAAAUUCUGGCCAGUUUGCAUUUGGAUUCUACAAACAAGGCAAUGGUUUCGCCAUUGGAAUCUGGUUUGAGAUGAUAAAGGAGAAGACAGUCAUAUGGACAGCCGACCGGGAUCAACAACCACUCCCACAAGACGUAACACUGCUUUUGAAUAGUGAUGGUAGGCUUGUUUUGCAAAAUAAACAAGGUCAACAAAUUCCCGUGGGGGAUUUCCCUUUGGCUGCUGCCUCAGCUUCUAUGCUUGAUUCAGGUAAUUUUGUCCUCUACAACGCAGACUCUAAGAAGAUAUGGCAGAGCUUUGAACAUCCAACAGAUACCCUUAUAUCGGGACAACAUUUGGACACAGAAAAAAUUCUCGUCUCAGCUGUCUCUGAGACAAAUCACUCAUCCGGAAGAUUUCAACUCAUCAUGCAGAGUGAUGGUAAUCUAAUCCAACGUCCAGCAAUCAGUGGUCUACCAUAUUUUACUUACUGGUACUCGGACACUCGUAAAGAAGGAGACCCAAAAAUAAUUUUGAAUCUUACACUCAACGGUCAACUAGACCUACUCAGUUCUACAAGUGGGAGCAUUGUAAAGACAAUUCAUGCUGCAGACUGGCGACGAUUCAGGAACAAUGUUACCUAUCGUCUGGCAAUUGAUGCAGAUGGAAUAUUAAGAAUGUAUUCUCACAGUUUGGUUCAGGUUAAUAGCAGCUGGAAUAUCGAAUUUGUAACUACUGAUAGGUGUGCUCCUACUGGAUUGUGCGGCAUGAAUGCAUAUUGUGUUCUUGAAAAUGAAGAACCCAACUGUACAUGUCUUCCUGGUUUUGAUUUCAUUGAUCAACGCCAGAAAAGUUUGGGGUGUGAUAGGAAUACAAGCAUAUAUUAUUGCACAGUUGAUCAUCACGAUGUAGUUUCUCUUAAGGUAUUUGAUGGAGUGGUGUGGGAAAACAACUCAUACUCUUUUGUUCCAAUGAAUAACAAGAUUGCUUGUGAGCAGGCUUGCUUGAAAGAUUGUAACUGCGAAAUUGCUUCAUUUGCGAACAACAUAUGCAACAAACUUAUGUUUCCUCUAAGACACGCCAAAGUUGAUGAUACACAAAGUGAUGCAACGACCAUUGUAAAAGUGCUUAAUGGAAGUUCCUGGACAAAAGAAGACACCUCGUCUUUCAAAGAAACCAAGAAAGGCCAGGCACUGCAUAUCUUAAUCAGUGGUAUUGUGUGCCUAAUAUUUUCUGUAAUUAUUCUUUUCUUUUCAGCGUUCCUAUUUUGCAGAAGCCAUUUCCACUCUAAUAAAAAGGUUCAAAGAUCCGAUGAAGGGCUAUUGAUGGCAGAUGAAGUACUGACCGUUCGAUCAUUUACUUUCAAGGAGCUUGAAUUCGCUACCAAUUUCUUCGUCGAGCAAUUGGGCAAGGGUUCUUUUGGGACGGUGUUUAAAGGAAAGUUAAGAUUCCCAGACGGGGAGAAAGCCAUUGCUGUUAAAAGACUAGAGAAAGUUGCAGUCGAAGGAGAGGUUGAGUUCUUAAAUGAAAUAAGAUCCAUUGGUAGAACUCACCACAAAAAUCUGCUUCGUCUGCUUGGUUACUGCCAUGAAGAAUCAAACAGGCUGCUAGUAUAUGAUUACAUGAGCCAUGGAUCACUGUCAAACUUUCUCUUCAAAUCAGAGGUGAAACCACAUUGGGAUGAAAGACUCAGAAUAGCUUUGGGCAUUGCUAGGGGCAUCCGAUAUCUACAUGAAGAAUGCGAGAAUAAGAUCAUUCAUUGUGACAUAAAUCCCAACAACAUAUUGAUCGAUGAAAACCGUUGUGCUAAAAUUGCAGAUUUUGGAUUAGCAAAGCUACUGAUGCCAGAUCAAACAAGGACGAACACUGGAAUAAGAGGAACGAGGGGGUUUGUUGCUCCAGAGUGGCACAAGAACCUGCCUAUUACUACAAAAGCUGAUGUGUAUAGCUUUGGAAUUGUUCUCUUUGUGAUCAUAUGUUGUCGUCCUAGUGUUGAUGCAAGGGUUCCUGAGAAAGAAGCCAUCUUGGUAGACUGGGUUGAUGAGUGUUUUAGGAUGAAUAAACUGAGAACUCUAUUUCAAGAUGAAGAAGUGAACGAGCAGGAGUUUGAUAGAUUGGUGAAGAUUGGGCUUUGGUGUAUCCAAGAAGACCCAACAAGUCGUCCCGCAAUGAAGAAGGUAGUCUCCAUGUUUGAAGGGACUCUAGACAUUCCUGUUCCACCAUGUCCUACUUCUUGCAACGACUCCUCGUAUUUCCUAGAUAUGGAAUAGCUAAUGCUUAAUGAGUUUCUAUUCUAUUUGUAGUUUGAUAUUUGCUUUGUGUUUUUUUUCUUCUUCUUCUUCUUAAAUAAAUUUAUUGAAUGUAUUCACAAUAUUGUUAAACAAAUUUAUGUUAAAUUUGACAACACUCAUGAGGCUCCAUCUAAAAACUAAUUGGUAAUUAGUGGACUUACUCAUAUUUUUAUUAAUGAAUAUAUAUUCUUACACUUA